GAGCCAUCGCACAGUGAAGGUAGCGAAGAUUUGGAUCAGUCAUCGGAGGGUGAGGAAGUAGAGGAUGAGGAGGACGCUCAUGUUGAGGACGAGUCUGAUGAGGAAGACGAUGUGUCAUCAGAUGAAGAUAGUGGUGAAGAUUCUGAUGGUGAAGCAAGUCUUGGUGAGGACAGAGAAGCAGUUGUGCUCAAGUGCACUGAGUCUGAUGCAAUAUUGGUUCUUCCGGAUUUCGACAAGUUUCCGUUCACCGACGAAGACUCUAGCGUUACAGCGACCCGUGCUUUUGCUUGGAUGGUCGCCCGUGUGAUGUUCAGUCGUUCUUCAAGUUGGGACUUCUUCCAAUCGAAUGCGCUUAUUGCGAAACGUGGAACUCCGAAUUAUUACAGCAAUUUAUAUUCCACAGAGCACUUUGUUGAACUCUUGGAGAAUAAUCAUCUGGAGUACGGUACAAACAUCAACAUAGCUGAAUAUAAGGAUGGUGUUCGUCUGACUUUGAAUGGGAAAGGUCGUGUCUAUCCUGAUCACAUCAAGGAACACCUUUCGUUGGGUCGCUCUGUGCAAUUCGUAAAUCCACAGACGUUCGAUAAUCGUGUGUGGUAUCUGUGUGAAGUCCUGCAGGAGUUGUUCGGCUGCUUCGUUGGAGCAAACACAUACCUAACGCCACCCGGCUCGGCAGGUUUCGCACCCCACUGGGAUGAGAUUGAUGCUUUUCUACUUCAGCUGGAAGGCAGGAAAUACUGGAAAGUGUAUGCUCCAGAUUCUAGAGAUAAUGAAUUACCGAGGGAAUCUAGUGGAAAUUUCACCGAUGAGGAUAUGAAGGAUCGCAAGCCAACUUUUGAAGGCUGGAUCGAGGCUGGCGAUCUUUUAUAUAUUCCACGUGGAUUUAUUCAUAACGCUACGACGGAUGACGAUGUUCAUUCGCUUCAUAUCACCAUUUCAAGUGGGAGGUUAUGGACCUUUGCUGACCUCCUCGAGAAAAUCGUACCUGAAGCCGUGACAACCUUAGCGAAGAAUCGUUGGAAAAUGCGCAAAUCGCUGCCGGUUGGGAUGCUUGACAUGAACGGUGUAGCCGAGAUAGACUACCGUAUGGAGGAGCAUUUCGAAGACGAACUGCUGUUUGAAAGUGAAGAUAGUUGCUACAUUGCUCAUCGAAUGGCGAAUUCUCGCCUGUACGAAGGGCUUCCUGAGCAAACAUUUGAGUUACCAAUUGAGUUUGUUAGUGGGUUCAACGCACUCUGUAACAGCUAUCCUGAAUGGAUGUCCCUCUCUGAGAUGCCUGAGCAAAUGAACGGCGCUGAAGUACAAGCGCUUUGUCAUCUGUUGUAUUACCACGGAUUGCUUAUGGUUCAGCAGCUGCCUGACAGAAUCAAAAGGAAACUCAAAAAAGUGAAAAAUUGA